AUGCACUGGGUUACAAGUACCUUCAUGGUAUUUCUAUGCACAUUUAUAAAAGCAGAGAGUUUGUUGUUCCAUGGACAAUACAAUGCUACCUCAGCAUCUAAUGGACAUUCUGAUCCUGCUGUAUACAAACAACUUCUUCAUCUGGAGACAGUUUUAGUUUCAAUAAUGAUGGAUCAGAAACAACAAGCUCAGAAAUUUGAACAAAAACAAAACUUAAUAGAGGGAGAGAUUCAGAUGCUGAAGCAGUGGAAUCAGACAGCCCAAAUGAAGAUAUCAUUGUUAGAAAGUGAAAACAAAAUCUUGAAAGAAAGGCUAGACAACUUGAAUUCUUCAUCAACUUCACCACAACAGAAUUUGACAAUAUCAGAAGACCUAAAAAGGCUGGAGAACUUCUUAACCUUUGAAAUAGAGCAGACGGUCAGAGACAGCGAAGAGAAAAUGAUGAAGAAUAUGUCUACCACAAUCAAGGACUUUGAACUCCGAGACCGAUAUUUAUCACUUUCUCUGUUGGAUGUACACAGCAACAUGACAAUCCUUGACCACAAACUUUCAAAGUACAAGCAGCAACAGAAGACACACGAAGAGCAACAGAAUAUGACAAUACAACACUUAUCACUUUGUCUGUUGGAUGUACACAACAAUAUGACUUCACUGAACCACACACUUUUUAAGUUCACGCAACAACAGAAGAUAAAUGAAGAGCAACAGAAUAUGACAAUACAACACUUGUUACUUUCUCUUCUAGAGGUACACAACAACACAGCAGCAUUAUUGUCUUCUCUUUCUAGUUUGGAUGUGCAGCAGAAACAGAUAAAGAGAGAGAUCCAAACACUGACAAAUUCACAGCAAAAUGACAUUGCAAAACUGAAUAAUACAAUUAUCCAUCUCAAGAAUCGUGUUCAAUCCAACGUAGCUUUUACAGUCGGUAUUGGAUCUAGUGAUAAGCAGGUAUUUUCUUCUGGACAAACAGAUAAAUUCCCAACAGUCAUAUACCAGGUAGGAGGAGGAUACAAUCCUUCAACAGGAGUGUUUACUGCCCCAAAGACCGGACUCUACCUUAUAUUCUGUACUAAUGUCGCAGAUAAUCAUGAAUCUUUCUGGACAAGAAUAAUAAUUAACGGUUAUGUUAACGCAGGAGUCAUGGCUUAUGUUGGAUCAUCUACUUUGUAUGUCUACCAAUCAGCCUCCAACCUUGUUGUUCACCAAUUACAGGUUGAGGACAGGGUCUGGAUACAAGUGAAUGCUGGUAAUCAACUCUACUCAAGUAACCUAGAGACAACCUUUUCCGUCAUCAUGAUCAAUGGAUCAGAUUAA